UUCCCUUCUCUAUAUAAACGUAGAGUAGCAAACCACUAUCCCUCCAACCAAGAAAGCUGCAUAAGAAACCUCCAUAUACAGCUUUCUUGGUUUAGUUCUUGUUCUUGAAACUAAUUUUUCUUUAUUCUUAAUCUUGUACGCCCAACACUUCACCUUCAGAGAGCUUCCAUGGCUGGCCUUCAACAAUACUACUUUUUCCCUACUGAUUACUUCUACCCUCGUCCACAAUCCGUUCGUGUAGAUACUGCUCAGAAAUCUGCCCUUCCUCUGCAGAUUCAGAAGCGAGAUAUCUCCGAUGAUGUUAAACAUCCCACAAGUUUAAGCCUUGUUCUUUACACCAACAAGCAUGCCAACAAGGCUUCUGCUGCUAUUGACAAAAGCAACAGUACUUGAUUAUAGAAGGAAAUUUAGCAGGAGUAGAGAGGAGAAAAAGUAAGAUCAAUCCAGAGGCAAGCUUAUACAUCGAUCAAAUCUUUCAAAUAUAUUAUAUAUACCUGUUUCUUUGUUAUCGUUGUGCAUAUCUUGGAUAUAUACCUAUCAGACAUGGAGUCUGAUUUUGUCGCAUAAGGAAUUUGCAGCUUUUUUUUUUUUUUUAAAUAAAUUUUGCUUCCUUACUCCUGGUUUUAGAUACCAAUAUAAUAAAGACCAUCCAAGAAGUUGAUUAA